AAGACAGUUUUUGCUCUCUUACAAUUUCAAUUUUGAUCAAGAUUUGACAUGGUUUUUCUCCCUGUAGUUAUUGUUUUUUUUGUUUAUUUUUAAAACCAACAAAUUUAUCUGAGUUAACCGACAAUAAUGCAUAUCUCGGCAAAAGAAAAACCCAUUUUAGAAUCUCACUCGCACACACAAACUCCAAGGCUUCAAUAUGCCAAACCUCGUAUUCCUCUCCCUAACUAUCACCAUUUGUCUUUCCAUUUUCCACACCAACUUCCAUGUACAAUCCCUCACUUCAUCCUCAGACAUUCAAGCUCUCAAAGCCUUCAAAGCCUCCAUCAAACCCUCUUCAAUCCCACCCUCAUCAUGCAUAUCAUCAUGGAACUUCACCGUUGAUCCAUGCUCUCUCCCUCGUCGCAUUUACUUCCUCUGCGGGUUCACCUGCACCACCGAUUCCAAACACAUCAACCAAAUCACACUCGACCCUGCAACCUACUCAGGGACACUCACUCCACUCGUCUCUCAGUUCACGCAACUCAUCACACUAGACCUCUCUGACAACAAUUUCUUUGGCUCAAUCCCAUCUUCAAUCUCCUCCCUCUCAAAUCUCAAAACCUUAACCCUCCGAUCCAAUUUCUUCUCUGGUUCAAUCCCACUUUCAAUAACCAAACUCAAAUCUCUAGAAUCUAUAGAUUUCUCGCAUAACACCCUAUCCGGGUCUAUCCCAAACUCUAUGAAUUCUCUUACCACCAUUCGCAGAAUCGAUUUCAGCUUCAAUAAACUUACCGGCUCAAUCCCAAAACUACCACCCAAUUUACUAGAACUCGCAAUCAAGAACAACUCUUUAUCUGGGCCACUUCAAAAAACAACCUUUGAUGGAUCGACCGAACUAGCAGUAGUUGAACUCAGCGAGAAUUCACUCACCGGAACAAUUGAAUCAUGGUUCUUGCUUUUACCCUCUCUGCAGCAAGUGAAUUUAGCCAACAACAGCUUCACCGGGAUUCAGAUCUCAAAACCAGCUCACGGUGGAGGAAGCAACCUUGUGGCAUUGAACCUCGGAUUUAACAGAAUCCAAGGUUACGCGCCCUCGAAUCUAGCUGCAUAUCCUUUGCUGUCGUUUUUGUCGAUUCGGUAUAACUCGUUACGCGGCAACAUACCAUUGGAGUACGGACAGAUCAAGUCAAUUAAGAAGUUGUUCUUGGACGGGAACUUCUUCGUCGGGAAUCCGCCGCCGGGACUGUUGGCUGCCGGAGCUACUGUUUCCGGUAGCUUGGGGGAUAAUUGUCUACAGGGGUGUCCAGUUUCUUCGGAACUGUGCACGCCAGCACAGAAACCCAGUUCUGUUUGCAAACGAGCAUAACGUGGAAGAUCAUAGACCACCAUGGUUUGUGUGGUUAAUUAACAUAGCAAUAGGCCAAUAAUAUAAAUGUUUGUAUUAGAAAGAAAAAAACAUUUUGUCUUGACAGGGAAAAUUAUGUGUAUUGUGUAAUUAAUAAGGUAAUUAAUGUUUCUAUGUGAUAAAUAAUGUGAAAUUUGUGUGUUUCAUAUAAUAUUAUUAAGAUGAGAAGAGCUAGAAACAUUUUUUAAAA